AUCAGAAAGCUGAUUAAUAAUGUAAAACAUUUUAUUAAAAAUACAAACAGUUUAUUUUUGCAACAGUUUGACCUGCAGCAUUAAAAGAAAGCUUGUGCCACCACAGUAGACAGGAGAACACCCACAAAAAAAAGGAAAAAAAGCAGGGUGGCCGAGGACUUCCUCAAAGUUCACAAGAUCAAUGAUAAGCUGCACAGCACGGUCAGACGUGCAUUCAGAAACACUUCUACAGAAACCAAACAUCAGCCACACAGGAAGCACGAUGAGCCCGGGUGAAGUGAUCUACACGUUGUUGGAGGUGCUCAUCGCUGUCAGCUGCUGCGUGGGAAACAUGUUGGUCAUUUUGGCUCUGUGGGCCAGUAAGAGCGUUCAGCUGCCCACCUUCUGCCUCAUCGUCUCUCUGGCUGCCGCAGACUUCAUGGUUGGCUGUGUAGCCAUACCGCUGGCUGUGGUGGUGGACGGACGAGUGGAGACUUCAUUUCACGCUUGUCUCUUCAUCAGCUGCGUGGUCAUCCUGUUGACGUCGGUCUCAGUUUUGUGUCUUGCGGCUAUUGCUGUGGACCGUUACCUCCGCGUGUGUAUCCCCCUCAGGUACAAAAGGACAAUAACGCGGAGACAUUCAUGGCUUGUGGUAGCAGCAUGUUGGUUUGUUGCAAUCCCGCUAAGCUUUGCUCCCAUGCUUGGAUGGUACAACCACAAAACCUUCGACCAAUCUGAUUCCACCAACUCUACAAUCGUGUGCCGGUUUAUAUCCGUUAUCCCCAUGUCAUACCUGGUUUACUUCAACUUCUUUCUCUGCACUUUGACUCCACUGUUGAUGAUGACCAUUUUGUACGGCCUUGUGUUUUGCAUCAUUCGAGGAAGCCUCAGAGAGAAACCAGGCAACGGAGUCCAGAAACAAUCUCUGAACUACCUAAGGAAAGAGAAGCAGCUGGCAGGGUCUCUGUCUCUGGUCUUGGCUCUGUUUGCUCUGUCCUGGCUCCCACUCCACAUCAUGAACUGCAUCGCUUACUUCGAUAAUCCUAGCACCGUACCUGUGUCGGCUUUUCAUAUUGGCAUCCUGCUCUCUCAUGCAAACUCGGCUGUGAACCCAGUGGUGUACGCUUUCAAAAUACAAAAGAUAAGGAGCGCAUACCUGCAGAUCUGGAGACGGUUCACCACAUGUGGGGAUGAAAAUCAAGGAUCUCAGUUGAGCCAGUCGGUAAACAACAUCAGUGUGACCAACGACGAUUAAAGGGUUCAUUGUUUGUGAGUCGUUUUUGACGGACUGUUGACGUGUGAAAGGUAAAGAAAGUUUAUUUAAAUCAGGAAUCUAUGUUCUUCAAUAUUAGUGUGCACAUAGUUAUGUGUGGACUGAGAGAUUUGUUAUCUGUCACGUUCAGGAAUGUGUGUGUGUAUCUAUGUGAGAGUGUGUGCAUGUGUGUGUAUUAUAAAAACUGCAGCACAGGAGAAAUUAGAGGAUGCUUGUUUUAAAACCUCUUGUUGUUCAGGUCUUGUUUUUUGCCCCAAGUUUCAUUUCACUUUUGUUUUUCUGUUUCUGUUUUCUCCAAGUUUCAGUUCACUCUUGGAAAUAACCUUCACUGUCCCUAACCGUAUGUAUUGUAUUGUAGCACAUGGAAGUUAUUUUUUUAUAGCAUUUAUUGCAGAGUUUUACAAAUCUUCAUACCAUUCAUUUAAUGGUAUCAUAUCAUAUCGCUGAUAAAUUAUCAUAAAAAUCAAUGCACUGCAGUUUUUAU